CAGAGCCAGUGUAAAAUUUUCCUUGCAGGGGAGGGGAGGGUUGCAGAGAGCAGUCUGAUACUGAUCGGUAGACCCUAGAUUGGGAGAGAAGAUAAGAGGAUUUGAGAUGCCGAGAGACAGCUGUUUAGCGCGGGUCACGGCUGGAUUCGCUGUUGGUGGUGCCGUCGGAGGCGCUGUAGGUGCUGUUUAUGGAACCUAUGAGGCUAUAAGAUACAAGGUUCCCGGGCUUCUAAAAGUACGAUACAUUGGACAAACAACACUGGGAAGUGCCGCUGUUUUCGGACUUUUUCUUGGAGCUGGAAGCUUGAUUCAUUGCGGCAAAUCAUAUUAGGUUCAUUUACUACAUUCAGGUCAAGUUUAAGCAAACUUUUAGUCAUUUUGAGAAGUUUCGGAAUCGAAUUAUAUUUAUUUGUGUAGAUGCUGCUCAUUAAUUUGGUUGGCCAUUUCUGCUGAGGUUCGUGUUUUGCUUUUACAUAACUAAGAAUGCACCGUGGUUUGUUUUGAGGUCGUGCUGAAAUAAUAUGCUUAAGAUGACA